CAAGAUCCUUACUCUUGGAGCUAGUUUACACAACUCCGCAUUGAACCAUCUUCUUGAGCGAGUUCUAUGGAUAUCGCUCCCUGUGAAAUCUCCAUUACUACAUUAUCAUUAAAACUAGAUUCGGAUUGGACUUCGAAAUGAAGACGGCCCGCAUGUACAUACGACAAGGCACUUCCAAAAUCAACAAUUACAUGCUCAUCUUUACGAAAUUGGAUCACUCCCCGACCCCAGCUAGCUCGCAGUUAUAGCUGUGCCUCUUUUCUUGUUUUCCUUUGAACGAGAUCGGAGGCUGAUGGGUGCAAAAAUGAACCAAAAGGUCGAUUAGAUGAGCAUCUCAAACUGGACGCUUUAAGCGUGUCUACCGCUGGUGUAUUUUUGGGUAGAAAUCAAGAACGGCAAGUCUCACGCUUUAAUCACCUCAUAACGUCUUUAUAUCUGCAAUUCCCAAGGUGCAAUUUUUACUUUUUCCGACAACAUUAGGCACCCGGUCAUGCCUCCAAAUACUGAUACCAAUGGGCUUCCAAACCAGGAUAAUGUAAGACUCAACUUUUCCUUUACUUUCCAUCCAGGCAAUAAGGCUGGUACUAGGCAUGGCAUCGUAGUUUUUGUUAGGGCAACAUUAGCCGCGUGAAGCUCUGUCUACCUUCAUGCUUAGGAGAUGCCUGAACAGGUCGAAGAGAAUAACAUUUUAUUACGGGAUUUCCAGCACCAUAAUCCUUCUCGUUUGAAUGGGGGAUGAUAGAUUUGACUAUGAAACGUGGGGAAGGUUUAAUUCGCUGCUAGUAAACGACUACUUAGCAGAGCUGACUGAAAAAAUCUAGAGGAACGAUGCUCACGAAGAGCACUCUUCUUCGCUCAUUGCAAUCAUUGGGAUCGGUAAGCUCCGGUAUUCCUCACUAUCUUAAUGCGAAUUCUAGCUAAGAUAAUAUGUCACUGUGGUAGGUUGCCGUUUGCCUGGCGGCGCUCAAUCCCCGAGUCAGCUAUGGGACCUUUUAAUUGAGCAACGAUCUGGUUGGAGUCAGAUACCAGCAUCAAGAUUCAACUCUCAAGGGUUUUACAAUCCCAACAAAGAACAUUCAGGAACCAUCACCACCACAGGAGGGUUCUUUCUGGACAAUGAUAUUCGUCUUUUCGAUAACUCAUUCUUCGGAAUUAAUAACCUAGAAGCCAAGUAUAUGGACCCGCAACAGAAGCAAGUGCUAGAGGUUGUAUAUGAAUGCCUUGAGAGUGCCGGACUUCCCAUAGAAAAAGUCUCUGGAGCCGAUAUUGGUUGCUAUAUCGCCAAUUUUACUACAGAUUAUACGACAAUUCAAAGCAAGGAUCCUGAUUCCUAUCAUCGUUACGGGGCCACUGGUAUGGAACCCAGCAUACUUGCAAAUCGGGUCAGUCAUGUAUUCAAUCUCAAGGGACCUAGCUGUACAAUCAAUACAGCAUGCUCUUCAUCCCUCUAUAGCUUGCACCAAGCCUGUACUGCUCUAGAAGCAGGGGAAUGUGAGGCGGCAAUUGUCGCCGGUGCAAACUUAAUUCAAACCCCUGAAAUGCAGAUUGGAGUGGUUAAGCUCGGCGUUGUAUCCCCUACAUCUACCUCUCAUACAUUUGACACGGCAGCAGAUGGCUACGGGAGGGGUGAAGCAGUUGGUGCCUUACUCGUCAAGCGUUUGAGCGACGCUGUUCGAGAUGGCGAUGCUAUUCGUGCGGUUAUUCGUGGAACGGCAGUCAACAGGUAACUAAUUCUUUUGAUCAAAUUCGGUAUGGCCACACACAGGAGCUAAAAUUUGUGUCGAAUAUAGUAAUGGUAAGACGCCUGGAAUUACCCUCCCAAGUGCUGAUGGGCAAGAGGCCGUCAUUCGUAAAGCUUAUUUGAAGGCUGGCUUACCUCUGGACGCGACGGAUUACAUUGAGGUUAGAUAAAGUUUUAUAAUAAUCACCGAGGCAGGCAUGAUUGAUUUCGAUCCAACUACAUGCUGACAAAUUGAAACUGUCUUAGGCUCAUGGUACAGGAACACCGGUUGGUGACCCGAUUGGUGAGACAUGUUGAAAUGACACUAGAAGUUUCCUGCUAACUUCCCGUGGUGUAGAAAUUGAGGCCAUAUCCCGCGCUCUACAACAUAGAUCUGGACGUCCAAUAUUGGUCGGCUCGGUUAAAACAAAUCUUGGACACAGUGAAGCCGUCAGUGGAAUAUCCAGUGUUAUCAAGGUCAUUCUUUCUCUCGAGAAAGGCUUAAUACCACCUACCAUUGGCAUCAAGAACAUCAACCCAGCCCUAAGACUUGAAGAGCGCAAUGUAUCUGUCGUUACAGGACCCAUUAUCUUGCCACUUAGAGUCCCAAUAAGAGCCAGUAUUAACUCAUUCGGGUACGGUGGUGCCAAUUCGCAUGCAAUUCUAGAAUCGGCACAAGAAUAUUACCCAAAUACUUCCACACACAAUAAUUCCGACGAUAACAAGAGCCGAAAGACAUAUCUGCUUCCAUUUUCAGCACAUAGUGAGAUAUCCAUGAAGGGCUGGCUUCAACUACUUGCUUCACAACGGAGUACCGUCAGAAUAGAAGACCUUGCGUAUACUUUGGGGUGCCGGAGAUCUAAACUCUCCUCUCGCGGUUUUAUACUUGCACAAAAGGACAAUCUAGACUACGCCUUGGAUGUGGCCAACCUAGAAACUCUUGCGGGCCCCCCAAAAACCUCUAUUUUCCAAUUUGCAUUCAUUUUCACAGGUCAGGGAGCACAAUGGCCGCAAAUGGGCAAAGAAUUGAUUGAGGAGAUUCCAGGCUUUCGCCAGACUAUCAGGGAUUUGGAUGGAUUUCUGGCGAAGCUAGGCAACGCACCUCCAUGGAAAAUAUACAAGGAAAUAAUGGAAACUGAUCAAACAAGCAGGAUAAGCCACUCCUACAUUUCACAAACAGUCUGUACUGCAAUCCAAAUAGCAACAGUUUUGCUCAUGAAAGAAUGGGGCAUAGAGCCAAGUGCUACCGUUGGUCAUUCUUCUGGUGAAAUUGCCGCUGCCUUUGCUUCGGGGAAUCUGACUGCAGAGGAGGCGAUUAUUAUUGCUUACUGCCGUGGAAUUGCAGUGUCACAGAACUGCAAACGAGGAGCAAUGAUUGCUGUCGGGCUUGGCCAAGAUACUACGAACGCGGAAAUAUCUAGAUUAGAGCUUUGUGGUCAGAUUCGGGUGGCUUGCAUCAAUUCUCCCAAUAGCGUAACUGUCAGUGGAGAUUUGGAGGCUAUCAAUCAAAUCAUGGAUACUUUACAGGCAACCGGGACUUUCGUACGACGACUUAAGACAGAUGGAAAUGCUUAUCAUUCUCACCACAUGGCUUCCUUGACUCAAAAUUACGAAGAUCUACUCCUUGAAGCUGGUUUGUUUCUACAGCCUGGGAAGGCCACGUCACUCUCAGCCCCAAUAAAAAUGAUUUCUUCGGUCACUGGGCAGCCUGUAGAUGCUGAAAGGUUAAGGUCGAGGACCUACUGGUGCGAUAACUUGGAGUCACCCGUGCUUUUCCAGGGCGCGAUCCAGGUCUUGAUGAAAGGCAAUGAGUACCAUUUAAUUGAAAUAGGCCCCCACCCGGCCUUGGAACUUCCAAUCAAGGAUAUUCGCGACAAACUACGUCUUCAGCAAAAUCAAAUGUUAUAUUCGUCAACUCUCACGAGACACAAAAAUUCAAUUGAAUGUAUCCUUCGUCUCAUGGGCUAUUUGUAUAUAGGUGGGCGGGAAAUACCAUUUGAAAAGAUCAAUGAUACAUGUGGCACUGCUCGGUCCACAACCGGGCGUGGCUGUAAAUUUAUUCAUGAUUUGCCGACGUACAGAUGGAACCACGAGUCCCUGAACUGGGUUGAGCCACGAAUCAGCAUAGAGUAUAGGAACCGCAAACACCCACGCCAUGAUCUGCUUGGAUCCAGGAUUCCAGGUGGCAGUGGCGAAACAGCCUCUUGGAGGAACCUACUAAGGGUAGACAUUGUUCCAUGGCUGAAAGACCAUAAGCUUGGAAAGUCGGCCGUUUUUCCAGCUGCAGGUUAUAUUGCAAUGGCGGCGGAGGCCAUACAGCAGUUGCAGGCACUUCCUCCGAAGGAUGACUCAGUCAUGAGCUUCCGUGACUUAAAGUUCAUUAAAAUGCUUGAGCUGCUGGAUGAACAUGAGAUCUUUACUGAGAUGAGAAAAGCCAGUAUUUCGGAGAUCACAGAAUCAGGGACGUGGUGGCAUUUAAAUAUCAGUUCUUUUAAUGCUGGCACAUCAAUAGUCCAUAUGAAAGGCUUGGUAGCAAUAAGAAGCACAGCCUAUCCAUUUAACAGUAAGGUUACAGCCUUAGACGAACAUUUGGAGAAGCAAUCUCCGCGCUCUUGGUACAACACUCUCGCUAAAGCUGGAUUGAACUUCGGUCCUAAAUUUCAAUCGAUGCUGGAGGUCUAUCACAAUCCAGCAAAAGAUUGCUAUCAGACUGUCUCUAAGACUCGGCUACUUCACACGGCUGGAACCGAUUACGAAUCGACCUAUACGAUACAUCCUAUUACAAUAGAUACUUUGCUACAAACGGCGAUUACCUCCUCAUCCGCGGGACUGUACGCCAAUCUUCGUGGUAAAAUUCCUGUCUCUAUCAGCCACAUGGAAAUCCGGCAGGAUGCAGCGAAGCAUGACACCUCCGAUAUUUGCACUAUCAACGCGGACUCUGAGGUUGUUGGGUUUGGUCCUAUAAAAUACAAUGUAGAACUCCAUGAUCACUUUGGAAAAGUGCUUAUCUACAUCAGCAAUGGGCGAGCAAUCUCAUAUGAAGAGGGAAGCGACGCCUCAAAUGAUAAAGAUAGUCAGCCUAUAACUCAAACAAUUUGGAAACCAGACAUUUCGUUGCUUUCGCACCACGAUAAGGCCGCGUUCGCCAGAUACAUAAAGCAAUUUCCAUUAAAUAGUGAGGUAACAAAUCCCAGUGCGCGGGAGCUUGCUGCCGUCCUGAACCUUAUCGCGCAUCAGAACCCCAAUCUUCGUGUUCUUGACUUGCAUGGAACCUGGGACUAUGACAACAACAGACAGCAAAGCUUGUUACAGCUUUACUCUGAGCCUAAUCAGUUGAAAGGAUUUCGAGAAUAUUUCGAGGGUAUCAUCGAUUCUUGUGGUAAAUUUGUAGCUCGCGAAGUCAACGUUUCUCAAGUAGGAAGCUUGAAAUUUGGGGAACUACACAAAAUUGAUGAUGAAAAGUCUUUCAAUGUUAUGAUAUUGCCCAAGGUAUGUGAAGCUCUUCUCGUGUCAUUCCAGAUACUAACUUAUACCUAGUGUACACGUGAGACUAUAUCGGACACCAGGAAGAAUUUGCAACAGUGCCUCAAACAUCUUAGUUCCACUUCAACAGUGAUUUUUGCAAGUAACCAAGCAAUUGAUACUAGGAAUUUGGAACUGCCAGAAUUCUCGUUCAUUACCAGCAUUCCGACAGGACCCCUCGAUUCCGUGAUUGUUGCUAGACGCCGAGAUGCGGUAGCGAGCGGCAAUGAGAAGGGACGAGAGAUCAUCUACGUAAGUGAUGUAUUAACUUUACAGUUACUAAUUGAUUCUAACAAUUAUUAUAGGUUACACGAAGCUGCACUGUGCAACGUUCUUUUGAUUCCGCCCUUCGAGAUCGGCUGAGCACAAUUCACGGUUACAAUAUCUCACUCAUUUCUUUUGAGGAUGUUUCUGCAGACAAUAUCUUACCCAACGCUGUUAUUAUUUCUACCAUUGAAUUACAACAACCCAUUCUACGAGAAUUGUCAGAAGAUGAACUCAGUCGUCUCAAGAUACUAACCGAUAAUGCCUCGGAAAUUCUCUGGGUCACAUGUGGCGGGCUCUCUAAUUCCAAGAGCCCAGAUUUUGCACUAUCGCAGGGCUUCUUUAGAUCUUUGGGUGUGGAGCAGCCAUCUCUGAAAUUGUUCCUCCUUGAUCUUGAAGAUAUAGAGAACGAUAUUGACACGGCUUUAAGACAUACCGUCACAGUCUUUGUACAAGCAAUGGAGAACAGCAAGCCGGAUUUUGAAUAUAUACAGCACGAAGGCGCAUUGUACUGUGGCAGGUUCUUCCUCAAUACCGAAUUGACCGAGCGAUUUCAGCAAGCUCAAACAGGACAUCUCACAAGUACAGCACUAAAGGAUGCUGGAGCGGUCCAAAUUUCUAUUGAUAGUACAGGUCAGCUCGAUUCGCUUCAUUUCAUACAACACAUGAAGCGUGAUGCUACACUAAGACCUGACUAUGUUGAAGUUGAGGUACGGGUUGUAGGUAUGAAUGCUAAGGUAGGUCCUCAACAAACCAAGGGAAAUAAGGUGCUUAUCCUAACAUUAUGACAGGAUCCUUACGCACUAAAAGGCAGAGUUGAUACCAAGAACUCGACAUGCUCAUGCGAGUUUACCGGUGUUGUAGUGCGUGCUGGAAGUUUGGUCGACGAUCUUGUACCUGGUGAUUCUGUUGUUGUAAUGGCUCCGGGCCAUCUUUCAAAUUACGAAAGAGUCCCUUAUUGGGCUUGCUGUAAGCUACGCCCUAACGAACCGUUUGAGGCAAGUUUGAAAUCACUUACCAUAUGGAAUCGAUCUAACAAUGUCAGUUUAUGUCCACAAUUCCACUGGCGUUUUCAACAGCUAUUUACGCCUUGCGUCACCGCGCCAACCUUCAAAAAGAUGAGGUGAGAAUUAUCAUGCCAAUUCGUCAGAACAUAUACCUAAUUUUGUGUUAGUCGGUUUUGAUACACUCAGCGGCGGGUGGAGUUGGUAUAGCCGCCAUCCAGAUUGCGCAACAAAUUGGUUCCGAGGUCAGUAUUCCAAAAUUCCAUAAUGCCUCUAGGCUCACCAAUCUAGAUAUUUGCCACCGUUGGAAGUGAAAGAAAAAGGAAAUUUUUGAUUGAUUCCUUCGGCUUAAAAGAUGAUCACAUCUUCAAUUCUCGAGAUUCGAGUUUCGUAGCGGGUAUCUUGAAAUCGACUGCUGGCAAGGGUGUCGACGUUAUUCUGAACAGUCUGGUCGGCGAAUUGCUACAAGAGGGAUGGCGUGCCUGUGCUAAUUUCGGCCGGUUCAUUGAACUUGGCAAGCGGGACAUAGUCGACGGUGGAAAAUUAGAUAUGGCACAGUUCGAACGGAACGUGACUUUUUCUGCUUUUGAUCUGGGCAACCUUUUCUAUUCGGAUAACAAGAGGCAUAACAACACGUGGCGCAGGUAUGUUGCUCUUGAUCGUUCAUAGAUAUCUGUGAAUGCUGACAUAUGACAGUCUUUUACAAGAAAGUGUACAGCUAUACCGAGAUGGAAAGAUCUGGCAGGACGCUCCGCUCAAGACUUUUGACGCAUCACAAGUUGUUCAGGCUUUCAACUAUUUCUCACUGGGUACUCGCAUUGGAAAGAUCGCCAUAUCGUUUCAGAAUCCAAACUCCAUGAUCAAGGUAAUUUCUUCAAUGCUCAUGAUUAUGGCCAUGAUCUGACUAUUUGCAGCUUGCUCCGCUUAAAUUCAAGGCAAAAAUAGAUCCAACCAAAAGCUACUUGCUAGUUGGCUGCUUAGGAGGCCUGGGUCAGAGUUUAGCACGAUGGAUGUUCCAGCGAGGCGCUCGAAAAUUUGUGUUCCUGGGGCGCUCAGGGCUAGCAAAGAAGGAAGCUAAGCUUCUGGUGGCAAACAUUGAACAAGCCGGCGGUCAGGUCUCAGUGGUGCGAGGAGAUGUGGCUGUACUAGCCGAUGUUGAAUCUGCAAUUGCACACAUUGAAGGUCCCAUUGGAGGGGUUGUACAGUCUGCCAUGGCUCUUGAUGUGAGCAAAAUUUAUCCCUAUAUAUUCCAACUCACUCAGGCAAGAAUUUCCGCUAACAUAAACGCAUAGGAGGCUCUGUUCACCCAAAUGACCUGGAAGCGCUGGCACACAUCGAUCAACCCUAAAGUGAAUGGGACCUGGAACCUCCAUAAAUCGUUAGCUGGGAAGGAAAUUGAUCUAGACUUUUUCCUUAUGAUGAGUUCUAUUGCAGGAACCAUCGGUACAGCAACAGAAACCAGUUACUGUGCUUCAAAUUCCUUCCUAGAUUCAUUCGCAGGGUAUCGACGUGGUCAGGGACUUAAAGCAACAUCUAUUGCUCUCGGGAUGAUUUCUGAGAUUGGGUACAUGCAUGAGCAUCCCGAGAUUGAAGCAGGUCUUCUACGUCAAGGUCUACAUCCAAUUACCGAGGACGAAUUUUUACAAAUCGUGGACCUCGCCUUGACCACGCCCGAAGCUGAAGAUACUAAGCCAUUUAACUCGGAUCAAAUACUGACGGGUUUGGCCGUCACUGGGAUCAAGAAGAUCCGAAAUAUGGGAUUUGAGAGUAGCAGCCCCAGCCGCAUCUUUGAUGAUCCACGUGCCUUGUUUCUUGCAAACGACAUAAUAGGACAGGGGACAACUAGUGUCGAAGAGACCUCAAAUAGCCUACUACCCCCAAGCGUCGCAGCAGCUUUAGCGGCUCACAAGAACGAUCCCAGUCACGAAGCGCUUUUGAAAGCCAUCACCACCGUUUUGGUAAAUAAUUUGAGCAAUGCAAUUCUGAUGGAAACGGACAAGUUAGACAUCAACAUGCAUUUCGGUGUCUUUGGGCUUGAUUCGAUGCUGGCUGCCGAGCUACGCCAAUUCAUUUUUCGGAGCCUGGAGGUUGAUAUAAAAUUCACCGUCCUUCUAGCAACAAACACUACAGUCGCAAGCUUAGCGGGUUUGAUUGUGCAGAAGCUGGUUGAGAAGAAUAAAUUAUAGAGUUCCUUAUUUUUCCCGCAAUCAGUAAAGACAUCUAUCUACAUUUAACCAAUUGCUAUCCUUUGACGCUCUUUCUACCAGUGAACAAUAGUGAAAAUUACGCAUAUAAUUCCCCCUCCCACACAUCGGUCAGUCCUCCAAUGCGUGCCAGAAUCUUGACAUGCCAGCGCCGAGCUCGACAGGAACCAUAACAUUAAGGUUCAACAAUGUGCCGUCCCACCGGAGACAUAAGCCGCACAACUUUCAUCGACAAUAAACCCUCUUCCCUCAAAGACCCCUCAAAAACGCCAGUACACUUGCGUAAGCCUCGCCAAGUCAUGAAGAAUACA